AUGUCCACCGAUGCCGAGGGCGACUACGUGCCGUGGAUCCAGCAGUUUUGCGAGAGCUUCGGCCACGACUACUUCGUUCAGGUGGCCCAGGAGUUCAUCGAAGACGACUUCAACUUGACCGGGUUGUCGCUGCAGGUGCCUUACUAUAGAGAGGCACUCUACACGAUCCUUGACUACCAGGUAGAAACCGCAGAGCACUCUGCAGCGGGCCAGGCUGGCGAGCCGCGAGCACUGGGGUCCGGCGGCAAGCGCCAGGACUUGCCCAACAAGGUGUUGCUCUCGCACCUGGCGGAGCUUUUAUACGGGCUCAUCCACGCCCGAUACAUCAUCUCAAAGCCAGGCUUGACGGCCAUGGCCACCAAGUUCGAGCACCUGGAGUUCGGCUACUGCCCACGCUACCAGUGUGACAGCAUGCACUUGGUGCCUGUGGGCGCCACCGACGUGCCGGGCCAGGAGACCGUGCGGCUCUACUGCCCAUGCUGCAACGACAUCUACUUGCCCCUGAGCUCGCGGUACUUGAACAUCGACGGCGCGUUUUUCGGCACCACGUUCCCCGGCUUGUUGGUGAAGAUGUUCCCCGAGAUCGAGCAUCAGUGCAAGAACCGCAUCAAGCGCGUGAAUCCCGACCAGACGGGCAUACGAUUGUUUGGCUUCCGUGUGCACGAGUCCAGCGCCACGGGCCCACGCAUGCGCUGGUUGAGGCAGUUCCCGCAGACCGACGACGAGAAGCGCGAGUUUGAAAUGUGUGAGUUGGCCAUGCCCGCGAUCACGGCCAGCGACGUGGAUGUGGAAGAGUCGGGCAACAGCGAAGAUGGAGACUCCGACGAUGACAAGACCAUGGCCAGCGAGGACAAUUGA